UCUGCCACCUCUAUGCCAGCCAUGCCGCCUCUGCAGCUGUUUAUGUAAACAAACCGAAAAUCCGAAAUAAUUACGGCGUUAUGACCACCCGCAUAAUUCAGCGCUGCCUGCACACGGCCCGCUCUUGUCUCCUGGCCAGAGCUCCCCGGCGCGCUAAUCCCGGCCUGGGCUACCAGCUCCAGCAGCUGCAGGAGCAGCACCCGGCGCAGUCCAGUGAAGCCAAUGAGGAUUAUGCCGACCUGGAGUCGGAUUUCAUGAGCGUCCAGAAGACGCAUCGUCAGCAUGAGCAGGAGCUGCAGCAGCACCGCGAUCGCAUACGCCAGUUUAUGAUCAAACACAAGUAUUUCCGCGACGCCAAGCUACCCAAUCUUCUGCUGCACGCGGAGAAGGAACAGAUGCGCCUGCUUCAUGAGCGGGAUCCGGAGGAGUGGAGCGUAGAGCGGCUAGCGGAGAGUUUUCCCGCCACUCCGGAUAUAGUGCAGAAAAUACUGCGCGCCAAGUGGCGUCCAAGAAGUGUGCAAAGAAUACGCUCCCACGACGAGACUGUUGUGCGGAACUGGCAGCAGCUAAAAGCUGGCGGCAAUGGGGACUUUAAAUUGCCACCUGCACUCUUCCAGCAUCUUCAGAAGUUCGCGGAGCGAAGACGACAGGAUUUGAAGGAGGUAAAGCCCGAGAACUGGCCCACAAGACCACAGUUACCCAUUCCCCAGGCAAACGAGUUUAGGAAGCUGCUGGGUAGCAACUCCAAAGCAGGCCAGGAGGAGCAACCAUCUCCACAACUCGUGUCUGGCUAUGAAGCUCCACCAGCGGCCGCCGAAGAUGAAACCUAUCUUCUGGAUAAGAUUCGCAACAAACGAAAGAUGCGCCUGCGGGAGCUCAAGGAGCUGCAAUUAGUUGAGUCUUUACCCACAAUGCAAGAGACACCUCAACGACCCCUUGAGAAUCCAAGUGGCACCGGUUUCCUGCCCAGUUUCGUACCCAAGUACGCCAGCAGCGAGAUCGUCAUCAGUGCGGCUGAUCAGCGAAAGUAUGAGAUAACUCAGGUCAAGACACGGAUUGUCAUCCCGCGGAAGCUACAUCGUCCGGGAGCCACGUACCGAGUGGAGGAUGCCUACUACGAUGACGAUGGCGAGCUGCUUUAUCGCGUCCCCGGAAUGACCCGUUAAUCAAACUUUUGAGAUUUGUAAUACAAAUUGUUACUUUGUUAUAUUAAAAAAAUAUAUAUAAAGCGUA